AUGUCGCCAGGCGAAAAAGCUAACUCGAACAAAAAUCGUGAAAAUCGCAGCGACAUGAUCCGUGAUCAAGCCGAUAACAGAAGUCGAUCAGCAAGUCGGGAAAGCUUGGAUUCUGGCUAUUUAGAGGAUCUUAGAAAUGCUAUGAAUUUGGAUGAAGACAUGGAGACAACUGCUCGUAGAGUUUCAUACAAUAUUGGAUCCGAUCGAGAAAUAGUAAACCCCGUUGAGCAGCACAGUCAGCAAUCGAGAGCAAAUUCACCCCAGGACAAUGCGAAUCUUCUUAUGGAGACUGCUUUAUCACGUGCCCGACAAGAAAGGAUUGAUAUGAUUCGCGCUUCUCAAUGCAUUUGUAACAGCCUUAAUCAACAAGAAGAUACAAUUGAAGAUCAGCAACCGACCAGCCCAUCUUCUCAUAAUUCGCCUGACCGCCAGGGAAACCAACGUGGUGUGUCUCUCAACGAACUAGAUAAUUUUAUUGAGAACGUCUCCGUAAGAGUACGCCGUCUUUGGGAUCCUUCCGAAUCUCCACGCUCGCGUCCAUCAACUUCAAAUCCACCGGUAAGAAUCGAACAAUUUCGCUGUGCAUUCGGCAAGUUCUUCCAUUUCUCCGUCGACUUCUCGCACUAA